CCCAUCCCUCUCCCUCUCUCACAGCUCUCAUACCACCCGUUCGCCGCCGGCCUGCACCACCGCCGCGCCGAAUAUCCCCUGCCCCCGCUCAAGGUGCGCGCGCAGACACACAUAUCUCGUCUCGAAUUCCACGUUGCCGAUUCUAUUGGAUUUGCUCUUGGAUGAGAAUGGUUGCAUUCAAAGAAACAGAAAUUCUGCUUAAUGGUGAAACAAUGAUGGCUGAUGAUGUGGAAGAUGUAGAUGAUGAAGAAUCAGAGUCUGAACCUGAAGAAGUGGCGUUAUCUGAACCUGCGAAGAAUGCUGUGUACAAUAAAGAAGGCCUUCUCGAGAAGCUUGAUGAUAUAUCAUGGCCAGAAAAUGUUGAAUGGAUUCACAAACUAACUGUCGAUCAUGAUCAUGAUCAGGAGAAGGAAAUCGAUGUGAAUGACGACUUAGCUCGUGAGCUAGCAUUUUACACACAGGCAUUGGAUGGGGCUCGCCAAGCUUUUGAGAAAUUACAGCCUAUGGGGAUCCCUUUUCUUAGGCCUCCUGAUUACUAUGCUGAGAUGGUGAAGUCAGAUGCCCACAUGUUAAAGAUCAAAGGCAAGCUAUUAGUAGAGAAGAAGAAGAUUGAGGAGGCCGAGGAGAGGAAGAAGGCACGGGAGGCCAAAAAGAUAGCAAAAGAGCUCCAAGCCCAAAAGGCCAAGGAAAGGGCCAAGCGCAAGAAAGAGGAGAUUGAGUCGGUUAAAAAAUGGAGAAAACAGAGGCAGCAAAAUGGGUUUGCCAGAGGAAAGGGUGAUGAAGUGGAUUUGGCUUUCGAUGACUUUGAGAGGACAAAGAAAAGGAGGCCUGGGGUGGCUCCUGGUGAUAGAUCUGGAGGAUUCGCAAGAAAAAGAGGCAAUGAGAAAGGUGGGAAGAAAAGGGAGUUUAGAGAUGCUAAGUUUGGUCAUGGUGGUAGGAAAGGCAUGAGAAAACAGAAUAUUGCUGAGACAACAAAUGACUUGAGAGGCUUCAACGAUGGUGACAUGUCCAAAAAUAAGAGAAGAAAAGGGUGAUGUAAAAGGAAGAAAAGGGUGAUGUAAAAGGAGGCUCGUGCUUAAUUUCACAAUUAAAUUCAAAUAGGAAAUGUGUGUCUGGAAACCUUGGUGAUAUCUAGUUUUUAAAUUUCUCUCGCAUUAAUCAGCUUGUACUCAAGAACUUAAAGCACUCAGUGUUUGGGGGCUGCGCUUUAUUAAGACAUGAAGUAUUCUAGAUCUUUGCAAACAUUUACUG